AUGAAUGACAAGAAGCAUUGUGCCCCCUACCCUGGUCCCCCCACCAACAGGCCCCAACCCCUAGCCUGGUCGCCCCACCAACAGGACCCAACCCCUAGUCUGGUCCCCCCACCAACAGGCAUCAACCCCUACCCUGGUCCCCCCACCAACAGGCCCCAACCCCUACCCUGGUCCCCCAACCAACAGGACCCAACCCCUGGCCUGGUCCCCCCACCAACAGGCCCCAACCCCUACCCUGGUCCCCCCACCAACAGGCCCCAACCCCUGGCCUGGUCCCCCCACCAACAGGCCCCAACCCCUACCCUGGUCUCCCCCCAACAGCCCCCAACCCCUAGCCUGGACCCCCACCAACAGCCCCCAACCCCAAACCUGCCCCCAACCCCUAGCCUGGACCCCCACCAACAGCCCCCAACCCCAAACCUGGUCACCCCACCAACUGCCCCCAACCCCUACCCUGGUCCCCCCACCAACAGGCCCCAACCCCUAGCCUGGUCCCCUCCACCAACAGGCCCCAACCCCUACCCUGGUCCCCCCCACCAACAGGCCCCAACCCCUAGCCUGGUCCCCCUCACCAACAGGCCCCAACCCCUAGCCUGGUCCCCCCACCAACAGCCCCCAACCCCUGGCCUGGUCCCCCCACCAACAGCCCCCAACCCCUAG